GACCACAAACAUGGCACCCGUCUUUGACAGAGCAGGCUUCUGGGGUGAGCCUACUUCCACUCUGGACUGGUGCGAGGAGAAUUACGCCGUGUCCUUCUACGUGGCCGAGUUUUGGAAUACUGUAAGUAACCUGAUUAUGAUUGUACCUCCUAUCUAUGGUGCGAUUCAGACUGUAAGGGAUGGCCUUGAAACUCGUUACUUGGCUGCAUUUUUGGGCCUUGCAGCUGUCGGAAUAGGGUCGUGGUGCUUCCACAUGACAUUGAAAUAUGAAAUGCAGUUGUUGGAUGAACUUCCCAUGAUCUACAGCUGCUGUAUAUUUGUCUACUGCCUGUACGAAUGCUUCAAACACAAGAAUACACGCAACUACCUUCUAGCUUUUAUUCUGGUACUUUUCAGUGGGAUAGUGACCAUAGUAUAUCUCCAGUGGAAGGAGCCAGUGUUUCACCAGGUUAUGUAUGGUUUUCUAGUUGGGUGCUUAGUCCUGCGAUCUAUAUAUAUCGUUACCUGGGUCUACCCAUGGCUGCGACCUCUUGCCUAUACAUCCUUAGGUGUGUUCAUGAUGGGCUUUAUUCUCUGGAAUGUGGACAACAUCUUAUGUGAUAAUUUGAGGGAGGUCAGGCAAAAAGUACCGUUCCAUCUCCUUGGUGCCCUGACACAAUUCCAUGCAUGGUGGCACAUUCUAACAGGCCUAGGCUCAUACCUGCACAUUCUUUUCAGUAUGUACACAAGAACUUUAUACUUGAAAUACAGGCCUAAAGUGAAGUUUUUGCUUGGCGUUUGGCCUGUUAUCUGGGUGGAGACACCUCCUAAGAAGCACUAAAAGACAUCGGAAUUCAAAAUCUCUGAAGGACAGCAAGCUGCACCUCAGCCCCUGGGAAUCAAUGUGCCAGAUUCUGC